AUGUUGGAUGGGGGUUGGAAGGAAAGUGGAUGCAGUGUCAUUGAGCUCGAACUUUCCGAUCCCAAUAUAACCAAAUCGUCUUUGAAUACUGUUUUUGGAGCUUUCUAUCGUGACACCAUCCUACUUUCCGAAACGAUAUCGAAGCAGUACAAUCUACCGCAUCUCUUGAAAAGCACGGUGAAAUGGUUGGCUGACAACCUUCUCAUAAUGAGCGAUUGUGCAUCUACUUAUGACUUUUUGCGGAAAAUUCCGUGA